AGAAGCACCGUCGAGCACGUUAAUGAGAGAAGAGGUGGUGGAUCAUCUCUUCAAUACGUAGCGGGAGAUCGAUAGAUGAUGAGUAAUAUAUAAUCGGAAUUGAUUUACGCUGAACUUCGUUUUCCCCGAUAAAGGAAGAUAAAACUGAACUUCGAGAUCAUCUGUGUGAAACUAGAGAGGUUUUCGUAAAAUAGAAAAAGUGGGACCAGAAAGAGAAGGGCAAAGAACAGCAAGCGUCUCUUAGGUGGGGGUUGAUCUGGCAAAAGAGGGAGGCUCUCUCUUUACGAGGGAGGAAGGGAGAGUCGCGAGUUGAGUGUGGUAAUUCGAAAAAUAAGUCUCCGCGGGCGACAAGCACACUUGACCGAAGCACACUCGAAUCGAAAGGGUCGAGCACUCGGGAAUAACAAUUAAUAACGCCAGUCGGCCUACCAGCGAUCCUCUCUGGCUGCUCGAAGAGUCUUCAGGGAUUAUGUGAACGCGGAAGACAUCUUCUAGCAUUCGUCGGCUGAUUCUCCGCUCCGACGUGUCGACGACGCUAUUGAACGAGCGAGUGACUGAGAAAAUUCGACUUCUGUAGGUUCGUAAAAGGUGAUCGAGAACUAAAAGAAUUGUAGAAGGAAACAGGAUAGUGGAAUUUGGUGACGAUUCGUAUAACAUGUGACGCGACAAGCUUUCUCAUGUGUGCAUACAAUUGAUGAUGGUUGUAAUGAUGAAGAAAAAAGUUGAAAACAUUUGAAAGUGAGACGACUGAGAGUGUACAAAGAAUCCUUUUUUUUUCCUAGCUAGACUUUUUUAUUGCAAUUAUUGCGAGAUCCGCGAGAAAGCUCAUCGAAAUCGGAGUGAUGGAGGACGAUAAGCGUAGCGAAGCUUCGCCGAAACCUUCUCAACCGACUCCCUUCAGCAUCGCGGACAUUCUAAGUCGAAGAACUACGGAUUCGAGACGAUGCGAUUUAGAGAAAAUCCAGGCCGUUGUUUCCGCGCCGAUGAGAAGACACAAUCGGGAUUACGAGCGCGUAGCGGAGAACGAGCAGCUUGACGGAAAUUACGAUCACGAUCAGAUGAUUCAUUAUCCGAGAUUACCAACCCCGGAGCUGAGUAUGGCGCACGAACUGGAUAUCCUGAGAAGGAAUCUGGCGCAAGCAAAUUUAUCAAAUUUUGGAAGCAUCCCGCAUUUAACCCAGGGAACUUUCAAGCAUCACCUCGAGACUCUGGAAAAUCUAACGGCAUAUCAGCCUGUUAAAGAACCGAUGGAGACUUCUCACAGACAGCAGGACGAAGCGUUGGAUAUGAGUAAAAACAAGUAUUUAGAUGAAGUGGAAGACGAUGCGUAUGAAACGCAAAAUUCGGGGCAAAGUUUGCAGAACAGAAAAAAACGCAGCAGAGCGGCAUUCUCGCAUGCACAAGUCUACGAAUUAGAGAGAAGAUUUGCCGCUCAAAAAUAUUUGUCGGGUCCUGAAAGAGCAGAUCUGGCACGCGGCUUGAAAUUGACGGAGACGCAAGUCAAGAUUUGGUUUCAAAAUCGAAGAUACAAGACCAAACGGCGCCAACAGCAGGAAUUAGGUGCCCUCGUAAAUUCUGGGAGCGCCAGGCGCGUGGCUGUACGCGUCCUGGUACAUCCGGACGAGCAUUUGAGGGGAUUGCCUCUUCGUGGUUCCGGACAACUUCCCGGCCAAAUGUCGAGCCCGCAAAUUCACCCAGCGAACAAAGCGCUCGGCGGUUUCCCAUAUUACUGUCUCCCGUAUCAUCCGCUGCUUUGUCCGCCCCUGCACGCCACCCACGUUCAGGUACAAAGCCCGAUCGCGCCCGAUUUCGAUCCGAGUCAAAUCUCGAAAAUCAAGAACGAGAAAUGAACGAUAGAUUGCUCGCGAAAUGUCGACUGUUGUUUCAUAUCGACACGAAGAUGAUGGUCACUUUCAAGUGAAUCAUGUAAAAUACUAUCAUUUAGAAUAAUUAUAUUUUGUGUUAGAUAAAUGUAUUGCGAAAUGUCGUGGGAGAAGACUUUUAAAAUCUAUUGACUUUGCCUGAAUAAUAAAAAAAAAAAUAAAUAAAUUGAACGAGACUUGAAACAACAGCAUGCUCAAUCCACCCGCAAAAAUCGCAAAUACAAUUUUUGGAUAUUUAUUUAUUAAAUUAUGAGACUUUUCAUGAAAGUGUGUUUUUCAUCUUUUUUAGAAUAUCAAAUCAAAGGAUGUUCGAAGUAUGACUACACCUAUACUAAAUGUUACUAACAAUUUAUGAU